UUCCCACGACUUAUACGGGUUAACAUAAACCUAACAAGAUGCGUAGUAUUCUAUUGGCGGUGUACCUGGUUCAAACAUCCGUGGCUUUUUUGAUUGAUGACAACGGAUGUGCGCAGCUACAAAUGGUGUCGCGCGACCAAUGGAAUGCCCGGGCACCUGUCGCCCCGGCUAAUCUGACCAGCACCACCCUGGGGAUGGUAUUUGUCCACCAUACUGACAUGAGUCAUUGCAACACCAUGGACCAGUGCGCCCAGGAAGUUAAGACCAUCCAGAACUUCCAUAUGGACGAGCGAGGCUGGGGAGACGUCGGGUACAGCUUCCUGAUUGGGGAAGACGGGUCUGUGUUCGAGGGGAGAGGUUGGGCACGGGUGGGCGCUCACACCCAUUCCUACAACACGGUGGCCUUCGGCGUGGCUCUUCUGGGGAACUUUAUGUAUCGUCGUCCCAAACCGGCAGCCCUGACAGCACUCCAAAACCUGCUGAAGUGCGGCGUCCAUAUGGGGCAUAUCAGCGCCACCUUCCGGCUGUUUGGUCAUCGAGACACAAGGCAGGGAACUCUUUGUCCAGGGGAUAUACUGUACAGUAUUAUAAGACAAUGGCCGCACUUUGAUUCGAUGGGACCACAGACCAACUUGUUAAUUUGACGUGUGUUUAUUUACGGACAAGGGAAAGGAAAAUACGAUCUGUGACAGAAAUCGAGUCGACCACAAGUAUUGAGUCCUAAGACAUGUAUUUGGCGAUGUUCAUUAUCAUAA